CGGAGAAAGCAGAGCCCGGGGCCGGGAGUGGACUGGGUCCUGCUCAACUGAUAAGCGCGGGCCCCAGCGGGAGGGAGCCUUUGCCCCGCGCCCGCGAGGCCGCAGUGGGGCCGCCGCCGACGCACGGGUCCCUGCGGGCUCCGCCGACCGCGCGCCGGGAUGUGGAAUCCCCUGCACGAAACCAGCGCGACCUCGGUCGCCUGGCGCCGGCCGCGCUGGCUGUGCGCCGGGGCGCUGCUGCUGGCCGCCGGCCUCUUCGUCCUCGGCUUCGUCUUCGGAUGGUUUAUAAAACCCUCCAGCGAAGCUACUAACGUUACUCCACAGCGUAAUGCAAAGAAAGCAUUCUUGGAUGAGUUGAAAGCAGAGAACAUCAAGAAGUUCUUAUAUAAUUUUACACGGAUACCACAUUUAGCUGGAACAGAACAAAACUUUCAGCUUGCCAAGCAAAUUCAAUCUCAGUGGAAAGAAUUUGGCCUGGAUUCUGUUGAGCUAGCCCAUUAUGAUGUCCUGUUGUCCUAUCCAAAUAAGACUUACCCCAACUACAUCUCAAUAAUUGAUGAAGAUGGAAAUGAGAUUUUCAAGACAUCAUUGUUUGAGCCACCUCCUCCGGGAUAUGAAAAUGUUUCAGAUGUUGUGCCACCUUUUAAUGCCUUCUCCCCACAAGGAAUGACAGAGGGAGACCUCGUGUACGUUAACUACGCGCGAACCGAAGACUUCUUUAAACUAGAGCGGGACAUGAAAAUCAAUUGCUCUGGGAAGAUUGCAAUUGCCCGAUAUGGGAAAAUUUUCAGAGGAAAUAAGGUUAAAAAUGCCCAGCUGGCAGGUGCCAAAGGAAUCAUCUUGUACUCAGACCCUGCUGAUUACUUUGCACCUGGAGUGGAGCCCUAUCCAGAUGGUUGGAAUCUUCCUGGACGUGGUGUUCAGCGUGGAAAUACCUUAAAUCUUAAUGGCGCAGGGGACCCUCUCACUCCUGGUUACCCAGCAAAUGAAUAUGCUUAUAGACGCGACAUUGGAGAAGCUGUUGGUCUUCCAAGUAUUCCUGUUCAUCCAAUUGGAUACUAUGAUGCACAGAAGCUCCUGGAAAAAAUGGGUGGAUCAGCCCCACCAGAUCACAGCUGGGAAGGAAGUCUGCAAGUGCCCUACAAUGUCGGACCUGGCUUUGCUGGAAACUUUUCUACCCAAAAAGUCAAGAUGCAUAUUCAUUCCAACAAUGAAGUGAAAAGAAUUUACAAUGUGAUUGGAACACUCAGAGGAGCAGUGGAACCAGACAGAUAUGUCAUCCUUGGAGGUCACCGUGACUCGUGGGUGUUUGGUGGCAUUGACCCUCAGAGCGGGGCAGCUGUUGUUCAUGAAAUCGUCAGGAGUUUUGGAAAGCUGAAAAAAGAAGGAUGGAGGCCUAGAAGGACAAUGUUGUUUGCAAGCUGGGAUGCGGAAGAAUUUGGUCUUCUUGGUUCCACUGAGUGGGCAGAGGAGAAUUCCAGACUCCUUCAAGAGCGUGGUGUGGCCUAUAUUAAUGCUGAUUCUUCUAUAGAAGGAAACUACACUCUGAGAGUUGAUUGCACCCCACUUAUGUACAGCUUGGUGUACAAUCUAACAAAGGAGCUCCAGAGUCCUGAUGAAGGCUUUGAAGGCAAAUCUCUCUUUGAGAGCUGGAACGAAAAAGACCCUUCUCCUGAAUUCAGCGGCUGGCCCAGGAUUAGCAAAUUAGGAUCUGGUAAUGAUUUUGAAGUGUUCUUCCAAAGACUGGGAAUUGCCUCAGGCAGAGCACGGUACACUAAAAACUGGGAAACCACCAAUUUCAGCAGCUAUCCACUGUAUCACAGUAUCUAUGAAACAUAUGAAUUAGUGGAAAAGUUCUAUGAUCCAACUUUUAAGAAUCACCUUGCUGUGGCCCAGGUUCGAGGAGGAAUCGUGUUCGAACUAGCCAACUCCAUAGUGCUCCCCUUUGACUGUCGAGACUACGCUGUUGUUUUAAGAAACUAUGCUGAUACAAUCUACAAUAUUUCAAUGAAACAUCCACAAGAAAUGAAAACAUACAGUGUGUCAUUUGAUGCACUGUUUUCUGCAGUGAAGAAUUUUACAGAAGUUGCUUCUAACUUCAGUGAGAGACUCCAAGACUUGGACAAAAACAACCCGAUAUUAUUAAGAAUUAUGAAUGAUCAACUGAUGUUUCUGGAACGAGCAUUUAUUGAUCCUUUAGGAUUACCAGACAGGCCUUUCUAUAGGCACAUCAUCUAUGCUCCAAGCAGCCUCAACAAGUACGCCGGGGAGUCGUUCCCAGGGAUCUAUGACGCUCUGUUUGAUAUCGAAAGCAGCGUGGACCCUUCCAAGGCCUGGGGAGAGGUGAAGAGACAGAUUUCCAUUGCAGCCUUCACAGUGCAGGCUGCAGCAGGGACUCUGCGAGAAGUAGCCUAAGAGGGACCUUCAGAGAACACACACUGAGCUGGUGCGACGCAUCAGGCAGGAAGAAUCAUGAUGUAUGUAUUGAUAAGCUGGAAAAUAAACUUGUGUACAUAUAUAUAUAUAUAUAUAUAUAUAUAUAUAUAUAUAUAUAUAUACAUAUACACAGAUAGGUAUUUUUUCUUCUCUCUAUAGAAUCAAAUAAGAAAGAUAGGUGAUUUUUACUCUAUAAUUAUAGAAAGUUAUUCUGAAGUUGAGCCAAGUGUUGAAACUAACAGGCUAAAAUUGUAAUACACUUGUGUGGCAUUGUCAGAGAAUCAGGUGUAAUUCAGCAUUUCCAAACCUACUCUUGUCAGUGCACACGUAGAAAGCAUCCAUUAAAGAACACAUGAGAAAAUACACAGAGCUGCUCCAAGCCAGAGGCCUUAGCCGGCCCGUCUCCCCCGGCUGAGGAGACCAGUAUCUUAGCUCACUAGACGGGCAGCUCUGGUGUAACCCAGUGGAGGUAAAUAUAGUCCCUCUAUACUAUAAUUACUUUUUUUAAAAUUAGCAAAUAUGUUGUUUAUACCAAAGGGCAUACAUAACAUAUAUGUACAGUGAAAAUAAUAAAGAAAUGGGCAUUUGUAAAGCUCCCCCAAUAACCAGGUUAAGAAGAGGCACAUCGCAGAUCUCUGGAUCCCCCAUGUACUGCUGACCACGCACCCUCCUUGCCUUCCAGAGACACUCACUGUCUUGAGUUUUGCAUUAAUCUUUGCUGUUAUUUGUAAUUUCACCACACACUGCUGUAUCCCUUACAUGUUUCUGGCUUUGAGUAUUUUUAGAAUAUUUAUAAAUAAAAUCAUGCCAUGUA